CCCACUGCAUGUUUUCCUGCCACUUCUAUCUCCUUAUGUUAUGGUCAUUAUUUGACCACAAUCCCCCUUUUCUUCCUUCCUUCCUUCCUUCCUCCCUUGGCCUCCUAAUCUCUCUCUCUCUCUCACUGGCAAAAUUCAUCAUCAUCAUCAUCAUCAUCUAUCUCAUUCUUUCAAACUUAUCCUACCACCAAAGGCAAGAAUAAUAAUGGCCACAAAAACUAGGCAAUCCUACUUACUCUUGCUCUUCUUUGCCGUAAUCUAUGCUGCGCAUGCUAUUCAAGGAGCAAGAUCCAGAACUCAGCUUGCAGUUGUUCCCCAUGUUCAAUAUUCGACUUCGACGACUAGCACAGAUAGAGAGCUUCGGCCGCAGCAACAGCAGCAGGAUAGUGGUGGGGAGGAAAUGGAAUUGUGGGGGAAAUCAAGAAGAAGGAUGAUGAUAGGAUCGACAGCGCCAACCUGCACAUACAAUGAAUGCCGAGGGUGCAAGUACAAGUGCAGAGCAGAGCAAGUCCCCGUAGAGGGAAACGAUCCCAUUAAUAGUGCAUACCACUACAAAUGCGUUUGCCAUAGGGAAAGGAGAGGCGCCCAGCAGCAGCUGCUGCAAAACCCACCUCAGAUUCAGAAUUCAAAACCAGCGGCCGCUCCAAAUUGAUUUGAGCUGCUGCUGCUACUGCUUUUUUUGUUGGUGUUGUUGUUGCUCCGUACAAUUAGGCUAGAACUAGAUGUGACCCUACGUGCAAUUAGCUGUUACAGUAGUAGUGUCCUCUCUCUGUCUCUUCUCUCUCCUCCCCCCCCCGGGGGCCGGAUUGGAUGGAUUCACACUCUGUUGGACCGUAUAAAUCUUUUUGGGUGUUAUGUAUCAGUAAGCUAUCACGAGAAGGAUUCUGAUCUGUAGGCCAUUUAUUUUUCUCUUGCAAUUAAUUUCUUCUUCUUCUUCUU